GUACUUGAAAACCCUAGAAGCUGUUCCACAAGGGUUUUGCAAGCAGUUUCGUUCCUUCUCAGAGCAACCCAUUAUGGACGAGAAGAUAGACACUGCAGACAAAAAGGUGCUGGUUGAUAUUGUAAAAUUGUCACAGAAAAGAGGCUUGAAGGGUAAACAGGGAGACUGGAAAGAAUUCUUGAACAGUUAUGAUAAAAAGUUUGGGGCAGGUUUGAGUGAUCCAGCAAAGAGGUCCCAUGAGAUUUUGGCUGCAUUUCUAAAGACAUUCUCGAAGGAAGAUGAUUUGAAGUUUUUUGCUAAUAUCAUGCGGCAUCAUUCAAAUCAAGACACACUCGAGCAACUGAAAGAUAAAUCUCAUGAUUCCCCUGAGCAGAGGCUAGUCCAAGUUACUCUCCAGCACCCAUUAUAUCCAUUGGAUUAUUCUUCAUCAAUUGAUGAGGGGUGGGUAAUUAUAAACCUUAAAAAGAAACCCAAGGUGAUGAAGUGUACUGCAAUGGUUGCUGUUGAUUGUGAAAUGGUUCUCUGUGAAGAUGGAACUGAAGCAUUAGUCAAAGUCUGUGUGGUAGACCACAAUUUAGAGGUCAAACUAAAUGAACUUGUAAAACCCGACAAAGCAAUUGCAGACUACAGAACAGAAAUUACUGGUGUCUCUUCUCAAGAUCUAGAGCCAGUGUCAUGCUCCUUGGCCGAUAUACAGAAAUCCAUGAAGAAGUUGUUGUCAAAUGGAACCAUAUUAGUGGGACACAGUUUACAUAACGAUCUACGUGUGCUGAAGCUUGAUCAUGUUAGAGUGGUUGACACUUCAUAUAUCUUCCAAUCCACAGAUGGAUCUAUUCACAGGAGACCUUCUUUGAAUAGUUUAUGUCAGGCUGUGUUAGGCUAUGAAGUUCGGGAAAAUGGUGCUCCACAUAAUUGUCUAGAUGAUGCAUGUGCAGCAAUGAAACUUGCUCUUGCAAAGAUCAAGCACGGUGUUGAUACAGCUCUUCCGUUGGUUCAGGAGCAUGUUUCAGAAAUUGAGAUGGCGAAGCUUCUCCUUCACAGAAUACCAACAACGGUGAACAGUAAAACUCUACAUGAAGUUGUUCCUGGAGACUUCACAUUAGAACUGAAGCCUUCCAGGAAAGGUCAAGGAGAAAAAUAUUCUGCCUUAGCUAUCUUUAAGAACCCACAAGAGGCAAAUGAUGCCUAUGAAAACGUCCAAGGCAGCCAAUUAAAGGAUUCAUAUGGACGUCCACAGAAACUUGUCACAUUUCAGCUAAGUACAGGCAUGAUGGCCACUCUAUUUGUUCGGAAAAUGGCAACAGAUGAACCCCAUGAUCUGAUUCCAUGUAAGAGAGCUUCAGAAUCGAAUGAGGUUGUUGAAGUUUCCAAGAAAGCAAAGACGGAUCCUAAAAUUGAAGAGGAUGCCCUGACAGGCUCCACUAAGUGUGACACUGACACCCACUUGAAUGAGAUCGAAGCACUGAAUCAACGAUUGAAGCAAAGUGAUUUGGAGAUUGAAUCAUUGAGAGAACAGUUGAGACAAAAGGAUUUUGAAAUCUCCAUGCUGCAUAAAAUGGUAUCCUCAUUAAGAAAGCGAACAAACAAAACCUAGUAGCCAUGGCAUUGGAAUGGUGUUGGAUUGUUUGAUCAAUUAAUUGAAGGACAUGCUCCCCCUCUGGUGAUUCUUAUUAAGUUUUGGCAAUUUCUUACAAAAUGUAUGGGAGAAACUUAGAGCAUUGAUGCAUUGUGAACUGCUGAAU